GAAAGGCCAUAAUAUGGAGCCCGUUUAUCCGGCUGCACCUUUGGAGGCGCCCAAGGGAUCCGCCGAGUUGCAGGCGGCUCCUGCCGAGCACCAGCAGCUCCUGCCGCCGGCGCCGCCCAGUUACGACCAGGCCACAUCGAUUUCGGCGGAGACCACGGCACCAGGAACAGCCGAUCCGAAGCCAGCAACCACCACCACCACCCACCACACGGUCGUGGUGGUGCCCACAUCGCCCUACGGCCCGGAACCCAUGGAUGUCCAGUGCCCGCAUUGCCACAAUUACGCCAGGACACGGGUCUCCUACAAGCCCAACUCGCGCACCCAUCUGAUCGCCCUGUUGUUGUGCCUGUUCCAGCUGUACUGCUGUGUGUGUCUGCCGUAUUGCAUUUCCAGCUGCAUGAACACGAAUCAUUACUGUGGCAUGUGCGAUCGUUAUUUGGGCACCUACGAUCGCAAGUGAGCAACUGAGGAAUUUUCGUCUAACCGCUCCUUUCAUGUAUACACAUUUUCUUCAAGUAAUUAGUUAAUAAAAGGUCUGCAACAAGCAAACUGAACCAACAUCAAGUAUUUCACAUUUAAACUGGUAUUUCAAAAGCUUUAAUUUGUGAGAGAGUUUAAUUGAAAAAAUAUAU